CGUGAAUACCAUUGGCUCUUCCAUUUUCAACACCCAAACCACUGGUAGCUGGUAAGUGGUGACAGCCACAGCCUUCAGUUUCCCAGCAUCAACCCCUAUAUAAGAAAGCGUCUUUGUCUUGUUUCAUCAGAAAAGCAUUAGCACUUUUAUUCACAUCCAAAAAGAAAAAAAAAAGUCUUUGCAAGGUUAAACAUGAGUUCAACAAACAGAGCUUGGGUAGCAGCUAGUAUGGCAGCAGUGGAAGGCUUAAAAGAUCAAGGGUUUUGCAGAUGGAACUACACCAUGAGAUCACUGCACCACCAUGCCAAGAAUCAUGUCAGGUCGAUUUCUCAGACCAAGAAGCUGUCUUCUUCAUCAUCUGCAAUGGUUUCAAGCAAAGGAAUAGAUGAGAAGACGAAGCAAGCAGAGGAAUCCUUAAGGAAAGUCAUGUACUUGAGCUGCUGGGGUCCCAAUUGAACAAAUUAAAAGCAAAUGGUAGACCGAAGAGCUGGUUUCUGAUUGCUCCUGACGAGAAAUUUGUCGCAUGAAAAAGUUUCUUCCUCAGAUGGAUUUGCUCUCAAGAGAUUUUGGAGCCUAUUUGCUUAUUCCUACGACUAAAAAUGAGAGAUAUUUAUAUACGAUUGUUUCAAAAUAAUGUAAACUGUAUAUAUAGUCUAAUUCUAUAUCAAAGUUGCAUUCCGAGAUGCAAUUUGGGGAUAAUAACUUCUGCUCUCAA